GUCGGAGCCGGCCGGGUGCGGGUCUCAGUGGCGGAACUGGUGAAGCGGCAGGAGCCCCGGGAGGAGCUGGCGGCCUGAGAGACCCCCGUCCGCACUCUCACUGCUUCCUCCUCUCUCGCGAGGGCUGCGGCGGCGACAGCGACAGCCACCCCCGGAGCCGUGGGCCGCGCCUCCUCCCGCGUCGCUGGAUGCUCUGGGGUUCGGUCCCUGAGCGGGGCCGCGGCGCCGGCAGCCCCCGCUGUGGCGGGGCCAUGGGGCCGGGCAGCGGCAGGGCACGGAGCCCCCUUCCCCGCUGAGAAGGCCCCUCGUCCCGGCGCCGAUGCCGCGCUGUCCCUUCACACCCGGCCCCUGAGAUUGCCCUCUUUCCCCUCCCCAUGCCCGACGGAGCCCCUCGCCUCGGUGACGCCCUGCAGCAGCCCCGCCGGCCCGGGGGUCUGCGGCGGUAUGAGAGGAGCUGCCCCCGCCGCCGGGGGCAGCCAGGACCGGGGCAGGAUCCCACCCCGCCGCCGGCUGCCGUGAGGCGGCUGUAGCUAGAGGAAGAGCCCCUUUGUUUUCCCUUCGUCCUUCCCGGGGGCUUCAUGCCCCCCGCUGAGGGAUGAUGGAGGUGGUGGGGGACUUUGAGUACAGCAAGAAGGACCUGAUAGGACACGGAGCCUUUGCUGUGGUCUUCAAAGGUCGCCACCGCAAGAAAACUGAUUGGGAAGUAGCCAUAAAGAGUAUUAACAAAAAGAACUUGUCGAAGUCACAAAUCCUGCUUGGAAAAGAAAUAAAAAUCUUAAAGGAACUUCAGCACGAGAACAUUGUAGCUCUUUAUGAUGUCCAGGAAAUGCCCAAUUCUGUCUUUUUGGUCAUGGAGUACUGCAAUGGUGGGGACUUGGCAGAUUACUUACAAGCUAAGGGGACUCUCAGUGAGGACACCAUCCGCGUGUUCCUGCAGCAGAUUGCAGCAGCCAUGCGCAUCCUGCACAGCAAAGGCAUCAUCCACAGGGACCUCAAACCCCAGAACAUUCUGCUGUCCUACGCCAGCCGGCGCAAAUCCAGUGUCAGCGGCAUACGCAUCAAAAUAGCUGACUUUGGGUUUGCUCGUUAUCUGCACAGCAACAUGAUGGCUGCAACUCUGUGUGGUUCCCCUAUGUACAUGGCCCCUGAAGUGAUUAUGUCUCAACACUAUGAUGCUAAAGCAGACCUGUGGAGUAUAGGGACUGUGAUUUAUCAGUGUCUUGUUGGAAAACCACCUUUUCAGGCCAAUAGUCCUCAAGAUUUGAGAAUGUUUUAUGAAAAGAACAGGAAUUUGAUUCCUAGCAUUCCUAGGGAAACAUCAGCUUACCUGGCUGACCUGCUGUUGGGUUUGCUUCAGAGGAACCAGAAGGAUAGAAUGGACUUUGAAGCAUUUUUCAACCACCCGUUCCUGGAUCACGUUUCAACAGUGAAAAAAUCUUGUCCUGUACCCGUGCCCACAUACCCAGGCUCAGUCUCUGGCAGUUCCUGUGGUAGCUCUCCUUGUCGCUUUGCUUCUCCUCCAUCUUUGCCAGACAUGCAGCACAUUCAAGAAGAAAAUUUGUCUUCCCCUCCACUGGGUCCUCCUAACUAUCUUCAAGUCUCUAAAGACUCUGCCAGUACCAGUAGCAAGAACUCCUCUUGUGACACAGAUGACUUUGUUCUUGUCCCACACAAUAUCUCUUCAGACCAUUCAUAUGAUAUGCCUUUGGGAGCAGCUGGCAGGCGGGCUUCCAGCGAGUUCUUGAUGUGUGGAGGACAGUCACCAUUAACUAUUUCUGGAAGCUCAGGAACUGUACAGAAACCAUCCUCAGCCUCUUCUCGAAGUGCUGCUUCUGGUACAGCUAACAGGCACUGUCAGCCUUCCGUGUCCCCCCGCAGCGAGACGGCGCCGAUCCCGGUUCCCACCCAGCUGCGGAAUUACCAGCGCAUAGAACAGAACCUCUCCUCCACUGCCAGCCCCGUGUCAAACCCCCACGGAUCACCCAGAGCCGGGGUUGUGAGGCGCUCCAACACCAGCCCCAUGGGGUUCAUGAAGAUGGGCGCGUGCUCUCCAGUGCCAGCUGAUGCUGCCCAGGGCGUUGGGCGCAGGUUGUCCACAGGAUCUUCCAGACCCUAUUCUCCUUCACCGCUAGUUGGAACCAUACCUGAGCAGCUUGGGCACUGUUGUUGUGGACAACUCCAAGGACAUGAAUCAAGGAGUAGAAACUUCUCAGGUUCUCCUAUACCACCAUCUCAGUCCCCACAGUCCCUUUUGAUGGGAGCGAGGUUGCAGAGCGCUCCUACUCUCACAGAUAUCUACCAAAACAAGCAGAAGCUCAGAAAGCAGCAUUCAGACCCAGUUUGCCCAUCCUAUGCUGGGUAUGGAUACAGUCAUUCUCCACAGCCAAGCAGGCCAGGUAGCCUGGGAACAUCCCCUACCAAGCACAUGGGAUCCUCACCCAGGAGCUCAGACUGGCUGUUCAAAACCCCACUGCCAACAAUCAUCGGCUCCCCCACUAAGGCAACAGCUCCUUUCAAAAUACCUAAAACUCAAGCGUCCUCCAACUUGCUGGCCCUGGCCAAUCGCCAGGGGUUGGCUGAAACUCCGCUGCAGCCUAAAGAUAUCACUGACCCAAGGGACUUCACACACUUCCACUCCAGCCAGGCAGCUGACAAACAGGCAGAACAGCACAGCAAAACCACCUUUGGCAGGUCUGUUAGUACUGGGAAGCUGUCAGAUCAACAGGUAAAGACCAACCUUGGAGGCCAGUUAUACCAAGGCAGUACAGACAGUCUGAACACAGAGAGGCCAAUGGAUACAGCUCCAGCAGGAGCCUAUGGAAUUGCAAUGGUAACUCCAUCCAUGGGAAGUGCUGCAAGUUCUCGAGCUGUCAUGUUCACUGUGGGGUCCCCUCCAAGCAGUGCCACCCCUCCCACCUGCACCCACAUGGUCCUCAGAACCAGAACCACCUCAGUGGGAUCAAACAGUUCUGGAGGGUCUCUGUGCUCCACCAGUGGCCGUGUUUAUAUGGGCUCUCCUCCUGGUAUCUACAUGGGCUCCUCUCCUCCUGGGGCCGAGGCGGCUCCGAGUCUGAAGUACAUCCCUUAUGGUACUUCCCCUCCCAGCCUAGAGGGCUUUAUCACUUUUGAAGCUCCUGAAUUGCCUGAGGAAACUUUAAUGGAGAGAGAGCACACAGACACUCUGCGUCACCUAAACAUGAUGCUGACAUUUACAGAGUGUGUUCUGGAUCUGACAGCAGUGAGAGGAGGAAACCCAGACCUGUGCACUUCUGCUGUGUCACUGUACCAGAUCCAGGAGAGCAUCGUCGUGGAUCAGAUCAGCCAGCUCAGCAAAGAAUGGGGACAAGUGGAGCAGCUGGUGUUGUAUAUGAAAGCUGCCCAGUUACUGGCAUCUUCUCUGCAUCUUGCCAAAGCACAGGUCAAAUCUGGGAAACUCAACCCAUCCACUGCUGUUAAGCAAGUUGUUAAAAACCUCAAUGAGAGAUACAAAUUCUGUAUCGGAAUGUGCAAAAAACUGACAGAAAAGUUGAAUCGUUUCUUUUCGGACAAGCAGAGGUUCAUUGAUGAAAUCAACAGUGUAACUGCAGAGAAACUCAUCUACAGCUGUGCUGUGGAAAUGGUGCAGUCGGCAGCUCUGGAUGAGAUGUUCCAGCAAACUGAAGAUAUCACAUAUCGAUACCACAAGGCAGCCCUGCUGCUGGAGGGCCUGACUAAAAUACUGCAGGACCCUGCAGAUAUAGAGAACGUCCACAAGUAUAAAUCCAGCAUCGAGCGAAGGCUCUCUGCACUCUGCUACAGCACAGUGGCUGUGUAUGAGCAGUAGGAAUAUCCUGAGGACCAGAUGGUGUGAACAUAAGGGACCACAUCAGUGAUACUGCACUUUUUUCACUACAGCUUCAUUGUUGUCCUUGUUCUGCCCCGUGUGGAAGAUGAUUCUUAUAUUUCUGUGGUGACUACCAAAGAAACAGCAGCAUAUUCAAAGAGGAGAAAUUCCAAAAGUACACUUGCCUUACCGAUCCAGCAGCUCCUUUUCCUUCCUAGCAACAGGAUUUAAAAGAAUCUCUCUUCACAUUUCAAACUGAUCCUUGUACGUGUGCUUUGAACUUGAAUGAUCAGGGUUUGCUGUUUUUUUUUUCCUCGUGAGGUUUUUAGAGAGCGGAUCCUUCUGCAUCAGGUACAAAAAAAAGACAUUUCCCUCAGAAGAUUCCCUCAAGAGUUUUUAAGCUCUUCAGUAAAAUGUGGCUGAGUGAAUUUGGGAAACCCUAACCAUGUGCAAGUGCUGCUUGAAGCUUUUUGGGGCUCAGCUGCCUUGUCUGGGAGCUCACCUGUUGUACACGUGGCUCAGGUUGUUCAUAUGAAGGGAUGGCAAACACACUCUUACCCCAGGGGAAAAGUGGGGAUGGAAGAAAUUCUCUCCAUCUGUGCAAAAUCCCCAAGGGGGUUUUCAGCUGAUGUGGAUACAAUUUGAUGAUCUUCUUCCAAAAUAUUUUGUUUUGCACUAAUUUACUAAAGCAACUGUAUAUUCAUUUUUGAAGAACUGUAUUUAAAAAAAAAAUCUAGAGAAAGAAGGCACAAUGGACUUGGCUGCAUUUCAUUUCAGUGUACAUAAAAUUCUUUUCAGAAUUUCAAAUGUAGCUUCUAGAAGACUUUCAAACAAACUGUGUAAAAACUUGUAUUCAUGUGAACCUUUCCAUUUUAUACCUAUUUGUCUAAUACUUGAGUAACUACUGCUCUGGACUUUCUGAAUAAUAGCAAUGUUGAGUUGCUGGUUGUUUGCUUUUUCUAUAGAUUUGGUUGCAUCUUUUGUUGUGCAUGCAGUAUGUGCAUUAAUGCCUGCAGUCUUUAGGGGUGUAAUGACAGUUCUCUGUAGUUUGUUUCUUGGGCAGUAUUACAAUAAAUACUGUAAACUGAAAGGUUCUGCAAGGAACCAUGCAAAAAAAAAAAAAAAAAAAAAAAAAAUUAAAAAAAUAUUUAAAAAAAAAAAAAACAGAAAAUAAUGUGGUUUGAGAUGCUGAUAAAAUGAUGUAGAAUCUCUACAUAUAGAGUGUGUGAAAAAUCAGGAUUAUUCUGUGUGCAUUUUGGGGGAGAGGUGGGAAGCUUCAUUUAGCCUUAUAGGCAUUGUCAUUUCAAGCAUCCCAUGAGAUCAUCAGGACAGUGAUUUGCAAAAUAUUUAGGCAGAUCAGCUUCUCUGGAAAUGGUUCCUAAAUUUUAUUUUUGGGACUUUUUUUGUUACUCAACUGCUUGAAUACUUGAAUAAACCAUUCUCCAGGACAAAAUCAUUUUAAUCCUCUUAAACACAGUGGUCUGAACUAUUUGACAAAGUUGUACAGGGCUUACACAUCAAAAUAUUGUUUCAGUGUCGGGAUAACCAUGUGUUUCCUUUACUUUGACAGAGUAAUGUACUUUUUACCUUAUUUAUCUGUAUGAAAUUCCAACAGUUAAUUUGAAAGUGUUUGUUUAUAUAAUGUUUGUAUUUUUAGGUCUUUAAUACGGUGUUUCUACCUCUCCUUUGUAAUUGCAUGCAUUAUUCUUGGAACUAGGUAAUAACUCACUGAACUGUUGCGUAAUAGCCUUUUUAUUAUGGCCUGUAUAAAUGUAUAUUAAGGUAAAAAAUAAAUACUGACACUAGAAGUGUUUCUAUGGUACAA